UACUCCACAUUUGAUUGCAGGAUGCCAAACGUAAACGUCAAAUGGGGCAAAGAAAAAUAUCAAGUCUUACUCGAUUUUGAAGAACCGCCCCUUGUUUUCAAAUCACAGCUUUUUGCCUUAACAGGUGUACCUCCAGAUCGCCAGAAGGUCGUAAUAAAGGGUAAAACCCUCGGUGACGAGUCAUGGACGGGUAUCACUAUUGCCGAAGGUGGGAUGAUCAUGAUGAUGGGCAGCGCUGAUGCUGUUCCUGAACCACCGAAACCAGAAGAGCAGAAGAAAGAAGCUGCUCUAGAAGAAGAGAAAAAACUGAAAUUACCUAGCGGUCUAAAAAAUCUCGGCAACACUUGCUAUAUGAACUCGGUGUUACAAAGUUUCAAGACUAUUCCGGAAAUCAAAGAUGGCCUUCAACGAUUGAGUGUUUCUGGACAAGAAACCGAUGCAAAUAAAAAGAUGGCAAUGGCCGUGAAAAGCGUUUAUGAAAUGCUCGACAACCCUCGACGGACUGCAGAUGAGCCACUCGUACCAUUUUUCAUGUUACAGGCCCUUCACAGCAUUCUACCUCAAUUCAGCUCUAGGGAUGAGCAUGGUCACUUGGAACAACAAGAUGCGAAUGAAUGCUUUUCUGAAAUCCAACGAAUGAUCCUGAGCGCCCUUUCAGCAAAUAAAGAUAUGCUUGGCAAGGAUGUGAAAGAGUAUUUUCGAGGGAGAUACCAAGUUACUCAAAAGUGCCUUGAAUCCGAUGAAGAGCCAGUCCAAAAAUCUACUGAAGAGUUUUACCAGCUCUCCUGCUUCCUCUCAGCUGAAGUGAGGUAUAUUCAAACUGGUAUCAAGGAAAAGUUAUCGGGAGAAAUUGAGAAGAACAGCACGGUAUUGGGCAGAAAUGCAAAGUGGGAACGCAAUGUGCUCAUCGAUCGACUCCCAGCAUAUGUUUCUGUGCAGAUGGUUAGAUUUUUCUAUAAGGAAUCUAGUCAGGUUAAUGCUAAAAUUUUGAAAGACGUCAAGUUUCCUAUGAUUCUUGAUCUAUGUGAUAUAUGCACACCUGCGCUACAAGAACGGUUACGUCCAGCUCGAGAUGCUGUCAAGAAAGAGGAAGAUGCAAAGAUAGAACGCAUGAGGAAGCAUAAGAUCGAAGGCACUGACCCAAAGACAGCGGUAGAUGACGGAAAGCCAUUGCCAUUCUCAUUUCCAGAUGACGAAGGAAGCAAUAAUUCUGGAUUUUAUGAACUAAAGGCUGUUAUUACUCAUAAAGGUCGUUCAUCAAAUUCUGGUCAUUAUGUCGCUUGGGUACGUUUGGAUGAUGACAAAUUUGCCAUGUGUGAUGAUGACAACGUGACUCCAGUUACUUCGGAACAGGUCUUGAAGCUUUCUGGAGGUGGUGACUGGCAUUGUGCUUACGUUCUGAUUUACGGUCCUCGCAUUGUGAAGGAGUAUCCGCCUUUAAAAGAAGAGAAGGAAAAUAUCGGAGAACAAACCAAAGAAAUGGAAAGCAUGCAAACAAAUUAACUUGAAGCUACCUACGCUCAAACUUGUAUCAUCUUUACCUAUAUGUCACCAGUUACGUGUCAAUUUAUGUUCUCAAACUUCUGGUUGACUUCUUUCGAAUGUUUUAUCGCGGACGGUGUUUCAUUAACUUAUCGGUGUUGCAUUGUAAAAUAGUGAUUGCAAAUAAAUAAUUCAUUGUU